AUGGACCGACCGCGUUCUGACCACAUCCUGCUGGUCCUAUGCCUCCUCUUUCUGCUCUGUGUCCAUGGCAACGCUCAAGGUAAGAUGCCAAUUUAUGUCAUACCUUGCCACAAAUACUUUUGUGGUAUAUUAUGAACAACAAAAAACACAGUUCAAGAGGGGUGAUGGACAGUAUCAAAUAGUAAUAACUUCUCAACUGCUAUUUGAAUGAAGUGUGAGUGGUCAUCAUGUUUUAAUUGAUGUUCUGUGAUCAAUGUGAUCCAGUGUGAUCUAUGAGCAGGAAGAUCAAAUAUGAACUAUCAGUCAUUUAUUUCAGUUGAUUCCAUUAUCUUUUUUCAGACCAAGGCCCUAAAUGUGAGGUGCGAGUCAAAAGAAACACCAUUUGGAAUGCUGUCCCUCAGAAAGCCCUAACAAUCAACUGCCCUGUGAGACACUGUGGAAAAGAGCUACACGCCACCUGGUGUAAAUUUGUGGACCCAAUCCACUGCGAACAGAUACAUGAGACAGAGCAAGUCACAUUUGGAUGGAGGCAAAAUGGAGAUUCAGAACAUCUUUUGAUUUUGGAUUUUAAAAAGAUAUCUACGAAUGACGAUGGUUUGUACAGAUGUGGAGUUGCUGAAAAUGGGUCAACAUCUGUUAGCCAUGCUAUCAACGUCUCUGUCUCAGGUAACCAACCAAAGCUUAUUUAAUCUUUCAAUCUAAUGUCCUAGAAUGGAUCAGAUAGAUACUAAGUUGUUCUGGAAGCCAUUGUUGUCUGACAAACAUCCGGGGGCGGACUGGGAAAAAAAUGAAGCCCUGCCAUUUUAGCCACACAUCACCGCUCGUGCACCAUCACACGCUAUUACAUAUAGAGCCAACGUAUUAAGGAACUGGCAGUACAUCUGUGUCGCUCUGUUUUCUUCCUUCCUCCACUGCACUCACCCCUGAACUGUCUCUGCUAAGCCUAGCAUCCUUUCCCACAGCACUGGUACCAGAACACCGAUGGACCACACUGCCUGUGCUGGGCCCAGCAACAUCCUAGUUGUGAAUGAAUAAACACAUUUAUUAGAUAAAGAAGAAAGAUUACUGAAUAAAUGCCUAAUAGAUGACCAUUGGCUCAUAAUACUCCCCAUAUAGUUAGUUACCUUACAUAUAUAAUAUAGAGCCAAAAUGGUAAAACUGGCAGUACAUCUGUGUCGGUGUGUGUCUCUCUCUCUUCCUACCUCCACUGCAGCAGCAGCUGAGCUGUCUGUUAGCUGUCUAUGCUGCUACGCCUAGCAUCACUGGGACCAGAAGACCAGGGGACCACACUGCCUGUGCUGGGCCCAGCUACCCCCUAGCGUAACACUUUAUUUUAAUGGUCCAUAAUAAACCUUUUAUAAGGGAUUUAUAAGGCAUUUACAAAGCGUUUGCUCACCAUUUAUGAAUGUUAGUUAUUCACACAUGUAUAUAUUAAACAUCCUGUGUUGUGUGCUUAUUAUUUUAGCAGGUACUGCAGGAAUGUCUACCCAUGGCAUGCCCAUCUUUUUGUGACAAAUUACGCUGGUCAUGCAAAACAUUUAUAAUAGCACUCACUUUAGAUUAGGGACUGCAAAAAUACUUUGCUAAUGAUUAGUACAUUGUUUAUUAAUGUGGGCGUAAUGAUUAUAUAAUGGUGAACACAUCAUUUAUAAAUGCUUUAUUACAGUCCCUUAAAAUAAAGUGUUACCCAUCCGGUAUCCUAGUUGUGAAUGAAUAAACACAUACAUACAGACUUUCUCCACAUUUUGUUACGUUACAGCCUUAUUCUAAAAUUGAUUAAAUACAUACAAAUCCUCAGCAAUCUACACACUACCCCAUAAUGACAAAGCGAAAACAGGUUUUUAGAAAUGUUUGCAAAUGUAUUACAAAUACAAAACAGAAAUAUCUUAUUUAAAUAAGCAUUCAGACCCUUUGCUAUGAGACUUGAAAUUGAGCUGAGGUGCAUCCUGUUUCCAUUGAUCAUCCUUGAGAUGUUUCUACAACUUUAUUGGAGUCCACCUGUGAUAAAUUCAAUUGAUUGGACAUGAUUUGAAAAGGCACACACCUGUCUAUAUAAGGUCCCACAGAUGACAGUGCAUGUCAGAGCAAAAACCAGGCAAUGAGGUCGAAGGAAUUGUCCGUAGAGCUCCGAGACAGGAUUGUUUUGAGGCACAGAUCUGGGGAAGCGUACCAAAACAUUUCCGCAGCAUUGAAGGUCCCCAAGAACCCAGUGGCCUCCAUCAUUCUUAAAUGGAAGAAGUUUGGAACCACCAAGACUCUUCCUAGAGCUGGCUGCCCGGCCAAACUGAGCAAUCGGGGGAGAAGGGCCUUGGCCAGGUAGGGGACCAAGAACCUGAUGGUCAUUCAUAUGGUGAAGCAUGGUGGUGGCAGCAUCAUGCUGUGGGGAUGUUUUUCAGCGGCAGGGAAUGGGAUACUAGUCAGGUAAGAGGCAAAGAUGAACAGAGCAAAGUACAGAGAGAUCCUUGAUGAAAACCUGCUCCAGAGCGCUCAGGACCUCAGACUGGGGCGAAGGUUCACCUUCCAACAGGACAACGACCCUAAGCACACAGCCAAGAAAACGCAGGAGUGGCUUCGGGACAAGUCUGAAUGUCCUUGAGUGGCCCAGCCAGAGCCCGGACUUGAACUUGAUCGAACAUCUCUGGAGAGACCUGAAAAUAGCUGUGCAGAUACGCUCCCCAUUCAACCAGAUAAAUCUUGAGAGGAUCUGCAGAGAAGAAUGGGAGAAGCUCCCCAAAUACAGGUGUGCCAAGCUCGUAGCAUCAUACCCAAGAAAACUCAAGGCUGUAAUCGCUGCCAACGGUGCUUCAACAAAGUACUGAUUAAACGGUGUGAAUACUUAUGUAAAUGUGAAAUUUCAGAAUUGCAAAAUAUCUAAAAACCUGUUUUUGCUUUGUCAUUAUGGGGUAUUAUGUGUAGAUUGAUGAGGGGAAAAAAAACAAUUUAAUCAAUUUUAGAAUAAGGCUGUAACGUAUCAAAAUGUGGAAAAAGUCAAGGGGUCUGAAUACCUUCCGAAGGCACUAAGAAGAAAAUCACUGAAUAAAUGCCUUAUAGAUGACCAUUGGCUUACAUAAUACCUUAUAACAGCCUAACUACAUAUUUCAAAUUAGUGCCAUUCUUGUGUUCUACCCUGCCCACUUAUCUAGUGUUUAAUUCAAUAGAAGAAAACAGAGAGAGAGAGAAGGAGAGAGAGAGAGACUCUUGUUUUGGCUGUAUAAUACAGCCAAUGGUUACAUUAAGGAACUGUCAGUCUCGCUCUCUCCCUCUCUCUCUGUUUUCUUCUAUUGAAUUCAAUAUAAAACCUUUUGUGUUUGUCAUAGAACAAUGCCGGGACUAGUUUACAGUAUGUGGAUGGUGCUUCUUUUGACAGUAUGCAUAUCUUUGUGCCAAGAAGUGAUGGCCUUUCAGCUAAUGAAAUAGGCAGGACUUUCCAGCCUUCACUGGCGUUGGCAAUGUAAUGUAAUCUGACACAAGAGGCACUUGUUACUACAGCUCAUAAACUAGCGAAAGGGGGAUACCUAUUCAGUUGUACAGCUGAAUGUAUUUAACUGAAAUGUGUCUUCCGCAUUUGGCCCAACUCUCCUACCCGACCCACUCGCUGGCUGAAGAGACGGAUUCAGAAGCGAAUAAACAUUGAUAAAACAAUUAAAAUACACAGACAGUCCCUGAAUUGACCUUUAUCAGAGGAUUAUUUAUCAAUUAUUAUGCAUGAAUUCAGUGUUUCAUUGUAAUACAUGAUGACUUGUAUUAAAAUUAGUUUAAUUUCACACAUUUAGCAGUGUCGGCCUCAAGAGCCUUUAUUUGAUCACUAACUUUUUCGGCUCCAUCUUUCUAUGUUUUAUGAUCCAUGAUCUGGGCUGACUGAUGAUAGAGAGUCAGAGCAGGUGUCUUUGCUGAUGUGCGUUUGACUUUCAAUGUGAAUUUUUGUGCGACCUCAGCUCAGCCCACUGAUCAGGCAAAUGCUCAAAUAUAUUAUUAUGUAACAGAGAAAAUGUGCAAAAAUCAUUUUUAAAAAAUAAGAUUUUUGCAUAAUUUCUCUGAGAAAUGGUGCAAAAAUCUUCAAAAAAUAAUCUUAGCAGGCCCAUCGCCCCCAAAUAAACAUUUGUCGAUUUCGACCAGACCACCCAACAAAAAGAUGGUCUGGCCCAUUUGGCAUUUGCCAGAAUUGCCAGAUGGCUAAUCCGCCUAUGCAAACUUCUUUCUAUAGAUAGCAACCUGGAGAUUACAAGCACAGCAGACCACAACACAAGUAAGACAAUGUGUUAUGGAAUUUACAGACAUUCAGUCACAUCACAUUAACUAGUAGGCCUAUGUGAUAACUGUGUCUGGUGUUAAGACCUCUGUUUCUACUCUAACAGAUGACUCACCAAAUGUAAAUCCUGAUUGGAAUGAUCUGAGCUGGCUGCCAUAUUUUUACAUCUGUGUGGGAAUAGUACUCCUGGUGGUCAUUGUGACAGCAAUUUCCUUCUUCUGUCUGCAUGCACGUAAAGGUGAGUUAUGCUAUUGAUUCAAUACUGAAAAAUGUAUGUUUUUUACAAGGUUGAAAUACAGAACAAAUUCAAAUUUUACAUUUCUACACUGGAUAUCUUUUUCAGGACCAACCAGGUCAACCGAAAAUAGAACAAAUAAGCAGGUAAAGCAACAAAAUAAUUGUAUUUCUUAUAGCAUUUCAUAAUUAACCAACAGGUCAUCUGUUAACAUGACAAUACUGGUCCUCAGUACACCUGCUUGCAUGCGAAGGCUAAACAUAAUAAAUGGUAGCAUUGCUGUGCUGCCAUGUCUAAAUGCCUUUGAUGGGGGUGGGUGCGAAUCCCAUCUUGAGGGGCCGCAGUGGCUUGCGGGUCUGCGUACCCACAUCCAUACACUAGUCUUUUGGGAACCCUAAGUGCAAUUCUACACAUCUUACCAUGGGGCGUAGAGAAAAUUUAGCAGUUUUAAAGCAAGUUUGCUGGAAUUCUACACAUUUUACCAUGUGGCGGAGAGAAGAUUUAGCAAUUUUAUAACACAUUUCAUGCAAUUAUACUCAUUUUGCCAUGGAGCAGAGAGAAAAUGUAGCAGUUUUACAGCUAAUUUCCUGCAAUUCUACACAUUUUGUUUUGCAGUUUUUAUUAUGAUAUCGGUAAGUCAACCAUGAUUACUAGAAGUUUAGAUAGCAGGCUAGACUAACUUACCAAUCAAAAAUGUUUUAGCUGACGUGGACUUAUUGAGGUACUAUCAGUGACUGACAUAAUAAGAGAAAAACUGCUGAUGCACAACCACAUUUCGAAACUGCAUCUUGUGUAUUCUUCUAUUCUAACUCGCAACAGUAAGUUGAGACCCCAACUUAUUUUUUUUCUCCCAAAAAAUUUAAUAAUAAUAAUAAUAAUAUUUUGGGAAGGGGGAGGAUUAAUCCACGGGUCUACAAAGGGGGGGCCGCCGCGGGCCGGCAGUUGACCAUCCCUGGUCUAAAUGUCUCUUCCUGUGUUUAUGACACAGGAGAUAUCCACACUGGCAGCACCAUGUCCAGACCUCUCCUUCAGCCCUGAGGGAACCUUUCCAUCAUCACCAUCCACCCCAAACCCUGCCCAGCCCACCAAUCUCUACGACAACGGUCUCUACUGCAACAGCAUCAAUGGGAAAAAUGGAGCUCUGCCAUCCUCUAACAUCAGAGCAGGAGGUCAAGUGUCAAGCCACCUUGUGUAUGCUUCCCUGAACCACCAGACCACCAGGGUGUCCCUGAGAUCCCCCCAUAGCCCGACCCCUCAGGAUGCGUUCUCUGAGUACGCAGCCAUCCGGGUCUACUAA